UCUGGACUGGACAAUGUGACAUACUUAAUCUCAAGAAAGAAAUCAUAAAGGCUCUGUUUUAAAAUGCUAUUUUUAUGAUAGAACAUGGCAUACAACAACAGAAAUACGAAAGCUGGGACAAAUAAGAUAAAUACGUCUGGAAUAAACAGUACAACACUUGCAGCAGUAGCAUUACAAGAUCACUAUACUAGAACUCUAGCCUUAGGAAGAACAUUUGGACCAAAACAAAUAAGUCUAGGCCCAGCUGCUAAAGCUAAACAAAAGAAGGAAGUAAGAUCUGUUGUGGAUACAGGAAGAGCAAAACCAAGACCAAAGCAAAGUAAUGAACAAGAAGAAUAUGUUUUAGAUGCAAAACCACCACCAUUAACCCUUGCUCAGAAGUUUGGACUUAUUGAUGCUCCUGAAAAGUUACUCACUGAAGAAGAAUGGCAAGGUGUGAAAUCUAAGUCUAAUACACGAGAAGACUCACAUCAACCUUGUGUUAUAUGUAAAGAAGAUUUUGGACUUCAACAACAGGUGUUACUUUCAUGCAGCCAUGUUUUCCAUAGAGCAUGCCUUCAUGCUUUUGAAAGAUAUACAGGGAAAAAAACCUGUCCCAUGUGCAGACGUGAACAAUAUCAAUCAAGAGUAAUACAUGAAGGUUCUAAACAACAUAAAAUUAAAAGUGCAACAAGAAUUCAGGCAGUUUGGAGAGGUCAUGUAGUGCGGUGCUGGUAUAAAAAAUUUAGAGAGUCAGUACCCCCAACAGAUCCAAAUUUACGUAAGAAAUUUUAUGAAGAAAAGUUACAAAGUAUAACAGACAGAAUGGUGAGAUCCUGUGAUUUCCAAGUCAAUGAUUUUUUGAGAGAAUUAGAUCAGUCAUUACAAGCAAGUAGAAAUGUCUUCAAAAAUUUUGAUGCUAUGUUUCAUAUUGUAUCUGAGGAUGAAUGGGAACAGAUACAACUAAAGGCUGUUCAAAGAGAAGAAAUGGACUGUCCAAUAUGUCUGCAAUCAUUAGCAGACGUAGAAGAUAAAAUGGAAACUGCAGUCGUACAGGAUAAACCAAAAAGCAAGAAUGAAAACAGGAAUAUUAAUUCUCGGCACAAGAGAUCGAAACAGUGUAAACAAGAGCUUUCAUGUAUUCAGAAAGUGAUAAAGCAACAAAAUUCUGAUGACUUAAAAAAUAAAAUAAGUGUGGAUAGUGAAGUAAACCACGAAGAGAAAAAAUCAUUUGCCAAAUCUCGAAAGACAGUGCUUCUGUCAUGUUCACAUGUUUUCCAUGAGACUUGUCUGAUGACAUUAGAGGAAUUAUCUAUGGGAGAAAUUCGUAACUUAUGUCCAGUCUGUCGGACUUUAUAUCAAAAGAAAGUCAUAUAUUUGUAGAUUUAACAUAUUUAUAUACAAAUUAUAUACAAUUUAUUUUUAUGUUACAAAUAAUAAUUUAUAUAUAAAUAAAUCACAUGCCAU